AUGGCAAACGAAGCAGUUCCUGCUUACGGAGGCAAACUUCAGGAGAAGACUGCCACCGACUGGAAAGAGCAUCUGAAAAUCGCAACGGAGCCAAGCUUGCGAGAAGAGCUUUAUCGCCGCUGCCGACAGCUUGGUGUCGCACCUCCACCGGGAGCGACAGGGGCGGAGUUGGCCUUGUUUCUACAGGCCGUGGUGACGUGGCACGACAUGUCUCUGUCCGACCUCAUCAAGACAGCACGCCGUUUGGGCCUCGAGUCAUUCUACAACGAAACGGAGGAAACUCUCCUUCAGCGGAUUCUGGCCAAGACUUGGGAGCCAUGGCAGAUCCCGGUCCAAAGCUUCACUCACCUCGAGGUGGCUUUUGAGCUGCUGGAGUACUUUCAGAAGCUGGAGGAGCUUACGUGGGACGAGAUCAACACCCUCGCCCGGCAGAGUGGACUGCCAAUCGAGCCAGGCGUGCGGCGGGAGACUCUGCUGCAGCGCCUGAAGCUCUUGGCUAUUUGGGAGCAACUGCCCACUCCUGAGCUGGAAGCAGAGUGCUGGAGGCGUCUGCAGUUCUUCGACUCCUGCUACUCCGACUUUAUCUCAGGCCACUCGGGCAUGUUCUCCUUCGUGGACCUCAUGGCCUCAGAUCGACAGUAUCGCCAAGAAUUGCUCGGGCAACUGGUGAAGGAGAUGCACCACGAAGCCCUUGCUUUGAUGGUCCAGAAACAGUGUGAGGCCGACGAGAGCGGCGCAGACGACGAGUUUGCGAUGAGCGGCCAGGAUUUCGACGAAGACGAACCCUUCGUCUGCCUGGAGUGUGGGAUGUGGGCGCGGCCCAAAGGGGAGCCGGCCUGGGUUGACGGACACAGGUGCUGCGAUGACUGCGCUCUGCGGAUCUAUUACGAGGAACAAGCAAAGGCCCUACAAAGGGUGUCGGACGAGGAAGAGGCAGAGGUGCUGGAAUUCCUCCGUAAGUGGCGUGUGCCCGGGUGUGGACACGGAGGUGUGUCAGAGCCUGCGCCGGAACCGGCACCACGGGCAUCGGAGGAGACCGAUGUAGAGAGGGAUCAUGAAGACUGGCACUUGGGGAUCUUGGAAGAAGCCUUCCAAGCCACAGUCUGGCCACCCACGGAGUCGGAAGCGGACACGGGCGGCGAGGAGCGGAUCGUCUGUCGCCACCUGGGAUCCAAUUUCAAGGAUGUGGAGCCCGAGAGCGAAGGCUAUGCUGCGGCGGCCUGGAGAUUCAUAGCCGAGCUCCCCACCGAUGCGUCGGAGGGGGAGGACGACAAACUCCGGAGCCCAACGCCUGUCUGCGACGCAGAGCUUGUGCCAGAAGGGCGGUGCGCUCCAGAGCCUCCAGCGAUCCCGCCCCCUCACGUUCCAGAGUCGGAUCUGCUCUGCGACGUCCUGCAAGCCGAGCCACUCCGACGGAGCCCGCCGCCCUGUGCCUCCGAGCCCAGCUUCGCGCCCGCGCCCUCCUUGCAGACCGCCCCGCAGCAGGACGAGUCCUUUCCGAGGACCUCACCUUCGGUUUCUCCUUUGCGAACCUGCUUUUGCUAUGCCUCUCCUCUCCGGAGAGGCCUUCCCGAGCUGGAUGCAAGAGCCGACUGGGAGGCCAUCCAGGCGGAAGGCAUCGAUGUGACUGUGCAGACGGCCACGGUCAAUGCUGUGCAGGAGGUUCUGCUGAGCCGCACACGUCCGGACAUUCUCCACAUCUCUGCCCACUGCACUACGCUAGGCGCGUCACCCUGCAUGGUCUUGGAAGGAGCAGAUGGUAGCGCGGAUAUCGUGAACGUGCAUGACUUCGCAAACCUUGGGUGGUGGGGUGGCAUCGAGUUGUUAGUGUUGCUGGCCUGUGGCUCUCAAGCCGUGGUUCAGAGGCUCAUGAACGGGCACGGUCUCCGGCGGGCAAUUUGUUGCAACAACAUAGUCCUCGACUCUGCGGCCCAGAUCUUCUGCAGGACUUUCUACACAGCUUUGGGCGCCGGCCAGGCCCUGCGCUCCAGCUUCGAAGCUGCUAAGGCUUCAAUCCGACACUCCUCUAUGUCUUCGGGAGAGGCAUGCAAGUUCGUGCUCCUGCAGCUCGAGAACCGCGACAAAGGGCCUUUAGUACCAUGUGCGCUGGAGCGUGCACUGCUUCAGCCGCACGAGCAGUUUGAGUGGUCUCAAUGGCCUCGUGUCGAGGACUACAUUGGCAGAGAAUCCGUGGCGCUCUCCCUUUCCAGCCUCUUUCAACGUCGCCGUGCUGUCUGCCUCUGGGGGCAUGAGGGCAGUGGCAAGACCGCUCUGAGCAUGGAGUUCUGCCGUCACUUCUCGGCUCCCGGUGGUCGCCAGUUUUCGGCAGGGGCCUACCAUGUCAGCUACGACCGCGCCGUCCGAGAGGCGGGCGGCCAGAGUGUGGCCGCACUUCUUCUGCCGCAGCUCCUUCAGCAACUUCGCGGCAGCCCCCAUCACCAGGCCCACGGUGAGCUGGAUCCGCGGGCUGCCCUGGGCUCUCCGGAGAAGCUGAGGCAAGUGGUGCGGCAGCUGGACCAAGCUGGCAGCUGGCUCGUGGUCAUCGAUGGCCUGGAAGAGGGUGCCGGUGAUGCAGAUCGAGAACUCCUCGGUGAGUUGCUGCAGACAACGGUGAACUUGCGAUUGCUUCUCACGGCACGCACCCCUUUGCAUGGAUCUUGGGCCUCUCUUGGCUUCUCCAAGGUGGUGGAUUUCGCGCUGCCACCACUGCUGUCCGAGGAUUCUGCCCGACUCCUGGCCCGACGAGCCCGACGUCCGCUCUAUGCCAGGGACUUCCAGGCCCAUGGCCAGCAGGAGGACACGAGUGAGGAUCUUCAGGCCGUGGACACCCCCCUGAAGCUAUCGUCGGAUCUUAUCCAGAAGUUGAUGCGUUCGCCCCUCAUGGCGCGUGUCGACGGAGAUCCUGGUCAGAUUUUGAAGGCAGCAGCGGAGGUGCGAAUGGACUUGCCUUCGCUUUUGCGCCACCCGUUCUUGGAGCAGAGCUCCAACGAAUCCAUUGAACAGCCGGCAGAUGGCGAGGCCUCGCCAUUUUUCCUUCCUGUACUAGCAGAGAGCCGGUUGUGA